AGCUCCUGAGGAACCACAUACACGCGCACAGUUCGUUCGCAUUUGAACAUAGGCAGCUCAUAGAUUUUCCAUUUGGCUUUAAAAAAGAAACGGGAGGAUGUGGUUGACGAGGACGUCGCUCCUAUUGGUACUAGUCGGGCUAGCGAGCUCUGAGAAAAAUAAUGAGGACGAUGCGUCCAGCGUCUUCAUCGAGGAAGCUAAGAACCUCUUCUCUCAGAAGACGCUCGAGGACAUGGCCCAGACGUUUGCGCAAUCAGAUACCGGCAAGCAAGUUCGCGACAUGAUGUUCGACAAAAGAUCCACGACGGACGGUGUCGGCCAGAUCAUCUCCGGGCUCAGUAGUUUGAUGACAGGUGGACAAAAUAAUCAAGGCUUCGACAUAUCAAUGGUGGGUUCGAUUCUGAGCGCCUUGAAUACUGGUAAGAGGUCGGCGAGAGACACGGAACAUAAAGAGGAAUCCGGCAUAGACUGGGGCAGCAUAGUCAGCAUGGGCAGCAUGUUCUUGCAACAAAAUGCGAACAACGACGUGACAUUGGGUCUCGUGCCAAUGCUUCUAGAUGCUCUGGGUCACGGAAUGAACGACAACGAUGCCGGGUCUAAAGAUCAUUCCGGGCACUCCUGGUGGUUGCCGCCGGUAUUGGAGAACGCGCACAUCAUGUGGGAGCACUUCAGCAAUUCGGAACUCGGGCAAACGUUAUGGAAGAACAGCGGUCUGUCAACAGUAAUUGCUCAAAUGAUGGACGAGAGAGGUAACAUCAUGUGGGAGAAGAUCCUGGACAGUUUCGAGAAUCCUUCUAUACGUCGAAGGUGGAUCAAGUCGCUCACGAAUUUUGUGGCCGAAUGGAUCUCUCACGUUUCCGAGCCGGUGAAUCAGCAACGUUACCUCACGACUGCGCAAUUCGUCGGUAAUAGCUUCCUAAAAUCUCAGGGAUUCCCAAAAUCAAUGAUGUUCGAUGCCACAAAACCAGUGGAGAGUAUCUCCAGAUUGGCCAACGGAAUGGCGAAGAGGUACCUGAACAUGAAGAUCGACAGCUCGCAAUACGUAAGGCCGGCGAUAGCGUAUUUCCAGGAAUUAGUAAGCUUGGCCUCCGAAAAAGGAUUCAUUAUGUCCCGAGUGAAUGCACGAGAGCUAAGCAACAGACUGAGCGAAAUUAUUAACAAUGAUAUCAUCGGUCCCAUUCUCAAGUCGUAUCGAGCAUACAAAUGGGCGACGAAGGUGCCGCAAUGUGCUAGUCAAAUCUUAUGUACCAUAAAUGAGAAGAGUCUGCAACGAGAGGACGACGGCAACGAGGUAUUUGCACGCGUACGCAGUGCACUCUUGAGGGUAGCAAGUUUCCCCGCGGCUUGGGCAGUCAGUAAUAAGUUAGGAACUAAUUUCUGGCCCCUCUACGGAGCCAUCAUGGAUCAAGAGGGAUGCAUCAGCAAAUACCCAGCAGAUUGCACUGCUUUCCACGAAGAGGAGAUCAGAGUGACUACGGAAAACAUUCAUAGCGAACUUUGAGUUUAGCUCGUUAGUAAUCUGCGAAAGACAUUGAUUGCUAAGUCGCCUCUAAGAUUAGAAAGACGUCCCGCGAAGCCGUGUCCUUAUCUAUUCUAUAAUUCUGUCGUAUUUAUUGUACGAAAUAAAAUGCGCCUAACAAAAUUACAUUGACGAUUGCGCUGAUUUGAUAGAAGCGACUAGACUAUUAAGGAGUGUCUUUUCAUUUUCUUUACGUGUACAAAUUAAAAUGGUAUAAAAUAUCAAUUAAUAUUAAAUGUUAAUAAAAGAGAGACAAAAACCAGACAAUGCCGUGAAGAUCUAUAGAAGACGUUCUUAUCUUAUGAAUGUCUAAACAUCUCUAAUGUGGUCUGACCUUUAUAUUAUUUAUAAAUAAGUGCGUGCUUGAGAAUCCAAGGUUCUCAUAAGAAGCAUAUGAUGUAUGCGAAAGGCUUCCGAUUUUUUCCACUUAUUUAACGGAUAAUUACAUUUGUAGUUAAGAAUUACGUUUAAAAACUGCGUUUUAAAUUUAAUACUUCUCUUAAUGACAUUAAAAAAUGAAAUCAAUACUUUUUAAUGACACUUUAAUUACAUAUUUAAUUUUUAACAUAAAUUGGUGUCAUAAUUUUAUCAUUUCAUACGCACGUAUUAUUUUUCUGAGUAAUGCUUUAAUUGUUGCAAACUGCAAUGAUCUCAUUCGUGUAAUUGAAAUGAUAGAAAUGUCAUGCGAUAUUUUCUUCUUAAAGUCAAAUAAUAGAUGCGUAAGAUCAUCGAUAAUAACACAAAAAAGUCGUUUACUCGUUUCUCCGAUUUUAAAUUUGUCGAAAGUAAUUAGUGUGCUACCAAUGUGAUAAAUCUAUAAUUCAUCAAUCACGGAAUAAUCACGGAAUAAAAUUGAACUUGUUAAAUAUCAAAAGAUUUACUUUCAGAUUCAAACGUCAUUAAGAGAAAUUUUAAAACAUUUGAUAUUAAUUAUUAAUGUCACGCAAACUGCUCAAAACUGCGCAAAAAGAGCGUAUUUAAUAAAUAGGCACGCAAAUAAUAUCGUGCGAAAAUAAUAUCGUAAAUACGCCCGAAUGAUACGGAUUACAAUCUCUAAUGAAGAGCUGUUGAAUCGACAGCGUUAUUCAAAUUACAAUUUCUUUUAAUUAUACUUAUAUAAUAUAUAAUUAUCGAUUUAGAUGAAAGGAAGUGCAGUCAUGAAUACCGUUGUGCAUGCUGCACUUUAUAUUUUAGCGCGUCUCCGCGAUUUUUCUUCGCGAAUAAAAUAACACAUGGUGCUCAAAUCUCUAUACAUAUAUAUAAGUAUAAAUAUUGUAUUAAUAAUUGUAUCUAUAUGAAUUAUAUAUCGUGUCUUUCCUCUUGUUC